UAUGUCAUAGAAUCACUAAAUAACUUUUGUAAAUAAAAUAGAAAAAAAAAAUGUUUUUGAAACAUUUAAAAAGCACUUUUGCAAAAAAUCAAUCAGUUCAUUGUUUGCGAAGGUCAAUCGUUUCGUCAUCAUCUUGUGGACAGUCAACAACGACGUCACCGGAAAAUGAAAAGCAUGAAUCUUCGCGAAAUAAAAAAGACAUUGAAACUUAUCGACCGCUCAGCGAAGAUGAAAUCCAAAAGAUUGUUAAUUUAGAUAAUAUUCAUAUUGUCACGAAAUUUCAAACAAAAUUACCGCAGCGGCCACCAUUAAUUCAGAACUUUUUCAUUGGUAAAAUCGAUGUGCAACACCUAACAUAUCCGGAAGUUAUGGAAGUUAAAGAUUUCAAUGAAAUGACUGAAAAAAUCAGUGCCAUAAGCAAUUAUUUCACAAAAAAUGCUUGUACACCGGCCUAUUUACAAUUUCGUGAUGUAUCACAUCAAAUGAUAAAUGAUUUUCGAAAUAUGAAACUUUUUGGCGCUUCGGUUCAUCAACGUUUUGGUGGUUUGGGCUAUUUUAAAAGUGAAAUGCAUCGAGCAAGUGAGAGCGAAGCGAACGAUGUUAAAAGCUUCUUAUUUUUAGCCGGACAUCGGUUGGCGGUUGAAGCGAUUUUCGAUCAUGGAAAUGUUAGCCACCACAAUCAAUGGCUUAUGGAUAUGGGAAAAGGUGAAAUAAUUGGAGCCGCUUGCUUGCAUGAGCCAUUGAGCAAAGCCGAUUCAAAUAUGGUUAAGGUAGCAAAAACACAUGACGGCGACUACGUUUUAAAUGGUAGCAAGUCAUUCGCAUCAAUCUCGCAGCAUGCAAAUCUAUUGAUAGUAGUUGCUGAAAAAUCCGACGAAUUAAAACAGGAAUUUGCUUUAGACGAUGACGAUGACGAUGAUGAUGAUUUCUUUGAUGCAUACUUAACCAUUGUUCUCGAUCCGAAAUCAUCUGGAAUCACUUUUAGCGAUGAAUAUAAAACCAUUGGAUGCAAUGAUGUUCCAUUUGUUACCGUCAAUUUUGAGAAUGUUCGUAUUGAAAAAGAUCAAAUUCUGUCGGAAAAUACGGAUGAUCGUAAAAUAUCACAAAAACUAUUAGCUAGUUCAAGGCUACAAAUGGCCACAUUGAAUAUGGUUCAAGCGAAGAAUAUGUUUAAUAAAAUCGUCACAUUUACUAUUCGAUCCGCAUGCAAUUCGGAAAAACUCAGGAAUUUGAUGUAUGUCCGAGAGAGCCUAGCAAAAAUCGCAUGUGAUUUGUAUGGUCUUGAAAGUAUGAUUUAUUUGAGCGCCGGAAUUCUUGACAUGUACGACAAUCCAAAGGUUGAUCUGGAGUGUGCCAUUACCAAAGCCUAUUCACAAGACAUUCUUCGAAAUUUAAAUCAAUUUGCAAUGAAUUUAAUCGAUACACCAGUGACUAUAGAAGAUCAUUCAAUCGAUGUGGAUAUUCGAAACACACUUCAGCUUCAGUAUAACGAAACAAGCAGCGCUUUGAAAAGUUACGUUGGCCGCGUUGGACUACAGCACACAUUGGAUCAUUUCGGAAAGCAUGUAAAGUCAUACAAGGAUUCAAUUUGGGCAAAACUUAAUCUGGCCAAUUCCACAAUUGAAGACCUUGAACCACAACAUUUCUUAGGUGAUUUUUUGCAUCCAUCGCUGAUCGAGACGGCAAAUGAUUUGGAAUAUUCAAUAUUACGUAUGCAAUAUUCAUCUGAGAUGUUGUUGAACAGUUACGGCGAAAAGAUCGCGGACCGAGAAAUUGAAAUUAGGAAUUUGGGCGAAGCGGCAAUGCAAAAUUAUGCCAUGUUUGCCAGUGUUGCAAGAGCUUCGAGAGCAUAUUGUAUCGGAUUGAGGUAUUCAGCUUACGAAACAAUGGUUGCCGGUUGCUUGAUUCAAGCAUUUUCACCUAGUAUCAGAAAAAUGGCAUUAGAUAUUAAACAUAAUCGUGGACCAUUUCCACAAAAUAUAGAUGAAACUAUUGCCGAAAAUUUGCUAAAACAACAUCGAAAUAAAUCCUCGACUAUACCAUCAGUACUAAACGGUGUACUACAAAAAAGUGAUAAAAAUUAAAUGCUAUUAAAUGAAUAGAAUGUUUAGAUACAAA